UGUGCCAUUUGCCGGAGCCCAAACCGGCCUAACCUGCUCUCCCAAGCCGUCCCCCCAAAGCCGCGCCGGGGAAGGCAGCUUGUGGCAGGGAGCGCAGUGCCAGCGUGAGGCGGAGGGAGAGAUUUGAUGAUGCCGCGCCGUUGACUUGGCAAGCCAGAGGGUGAAGCGCCGGCAGUCCUGCCUAGCAGUUCCCCCGGCUGGACGAGGGAGGGGGACACUGCCAGGGGUCUGCAAGCUUCACCCAGCCCACCCCAUGCACCCCUGGUAGAGUCAGCGGCAGCCGCAGCAGCGAGGGAAGAUGGCAGAGAGCUCCCUGUACACGCAGCGCCUAGAGGCCAUCGUGGGGCGGCGCAAGGUGCAGGAGCGGAUCCUCCGGACGCGCCGGGAGCUGGAGGAGGAGAAACUCCGAGCCCAGCAGCUGAAGAGGAAGUCUCUGCGUGACCGGUGGCUGAUGGAGGGGUCGUGUCUGCCCCCCGAGAACGACCCCACCUCCCCGCUAUGGCAGACACAGUCCCGCAUCCAGGAGCUAGAGCUGGAUCUGUCCAGCCUCCAGUCUCAGAUGCAGCAGCUGGAUAACCCGGAGCAUCAUGGCAAGUCGCACGAGGCCUUGGAAGAUGCCAAGCGGCCAGCAGGGGGCACCUGUGAGGCCCGUGGGGCUGGCUCUGCUUCGGCAGGUAGGGGGGGUUGUGUCUGCAAGACUGAACCUGCCCUCCCCUUGGCUCCAGUCCCCCCCAAGAGGGCCAUGCGAGUGGCAGCCCAGGAGACCCUGGAGAACGGGGACGUGUCGAGAGCAGGUCCCUUUGGUGUGGAGGGGAUCAGCCCUGGGGAGAGCAAGACUGACGCCAGCUCUGCUGCCCCAGGAACUCGGGAUGACGGGGCAGGGGCCUCCGCCAAGCAGCCAGAGAAGCUGGGCAUGGGCAAAGUGGAGAUGAUCAUUAGAAACCACCUGGGCCAGGAAGUGGGCAGCAUGGACGCCAUCAGGCGGACGUCCCCCGAGACGGAAGGGGAAGCUCCCCGGGGAGAGAAUGGGUUGGAGGAGGCUUGGGAUGGAAGGACAGAGUGGGAGCCACAGAGCCCGCCUGCCUUUGCGAGUGACGCCCUGGACAGCAGAAUGGAGGAGAGCGUGGCAGGGGAAGGGAGCAGAGAGGGGCCGGAGGGGGAAUCUGGGGUGCAGGAGGGGGAGGUGCAGGCCCUGCCAGUUGAGAACUGUUGCCUCGAUUCCCCGAGGCCUGAGCCAGACGGGGAGCUGGAGGAGCCAAUCGGGGUCGUGGAAGAGGGGGAGAUCUCGGCUGAGCCUGCCAGGGGAGCCACGGAAAUGGAGGAGGCAGAGGCUGCCCAGAGGACUCGGGGCAGGGCAGCAGAACCAGAGAGGCCGCAGGACCUGGGACCCACUCAGGGGAGAGGCCCUAUGUGGCAGGAGCCUGCUAAGGAACAGGAACAUCAGGUGUCCCCCGGGGCAGAGCAUCCCCAGGCUGCAGGAGUGGGAGAAAGAGCAGAGACAAAGGUCUCUUUGCAGGACCAGAUCCCAGCUCUGCAGGGUCAGAUCCCCUCCCCCCAAGAGGCUAAAGCAGCUCUCCGGGACCAGUUCCCAGCUCUGCUGGACCAGAUCCCUUCCUCUCUUCAGGAGGCUAAAACCCCUCUGCAAGACCAGAUCCCAGCUCUGCAGGGACAGAUUCCCUCGCCCCAUGAAGCUAAAGCAACUCUCCGGGACCAGACCCCUUCCUCUCUGCAGGAGGCUGAAGUAUCUAUGCAAAAUCAGAUCCCAACUGUGCAGGACCAGAUCCCAUUGUCUCUGCUGGAAGUUAAAACAUCUCUUCAGGGCCAGAUCCCCUCACCACAAGAGGCUAAGGCAGCGCUGCAGGACCAGAUCCAAUCUAUGCAGAACCAGAUCCCUUCCUCUCUGCAGGACCAGAUCCAAUCUCUGCAGGACCAGAUCCCUUCCUCUCUGCAGGACCAGAUCCCUUCCUCUCUGCAGGAAGCUAACAUCUCCCUCCAGGACCAGAUCUCAUCAGCUCUCCAGAACCAGAUCCCUUCACCCCACGAAGCUAAAGCAGCUCUGCAGGACCAGAUCCCUUCCUCUCUGCAGGAGGCUCAAGUGUCUAUGCAAAACCAGAUCCCAACUGUGCAGGACCAGAUCCCAUUGUCUCUGCUGGGAGUUAAAACAUCUCUUCAGGGCCAGAUCCCCUCACCACAAGAGGCUAAGGCAGCACUGCAGGACCAGAUCCCUUCCUCUCUGCAGGACCAGAUCCUUUCCUCUCUGCAGGAGGCUGAAGUGUCUAUGCAAAACCAGAUCCCAACUGUGCAGGACCAGAUCCCAUUGUCUCUGCUGGGAGUUAAAACAUCUCUUCAGGGCCAGAUUCCCUCACCACAAGAGGCUAAGGCAGCACUGCAGGACCAGAUCUCAUCCUCUGUGCAGGACCAGAUUCAAUCUAUGCAGGACCAGAUCCCUUCCUCUCUGCAGGAAGCUAACAUCUCCCUCCAGGACCAGACCCCAUCAGCUCUCCAGAACCAGAUCCCUUCACCCCACGAAGCUAAAACAGCUCUGCAGGACCAGGUCCCUUCCUCUCUGCAGGACCAAAUCCAAUCUAUGCAGGACCAGAUAUGUUCCCUUCCUCUCUGCAGGAAGCUCUCCCUCCAGGACCAGAUCCCAUCAGCUCUCCAGGACCAGAUCCCUUCACCCCACGAAGCUAAAUCAGCUCUGCAGGACCAGAUCCCUUCACCCCACGAAGCUAAAGCACCUUUGCAGGACCAGAUCCCUUCACCCCACGAAGCUGAACAUUCAUUCCACAGCCAGAUCCCCUCCAGCCAAGAGCCAAUCCCUGCAUUUCACGGGGAGGUACUGCUUACCUCACCCCGCAGAGCACCAACCCCGGAGCAGGUGCCUUCCCGACCCAGGCAGAGCAUGGCCCUGAAAGGAGGCAGCUGCACUGGCCUGAUUUCAUCGGCUACAGAAGAAACCACUGAAAACCUAGGGAAGCUCCACCCAGAGCAGCAGCCUCUGCUUAAGGAAGCCUCUGGGCUCCGGAUGGGCUGGAAGCAGCCACAGGAUCCUGUGGCCAGGAACCUGCAGCCAGGAGCUGGCACCUUGAAGUCGCUGGCAGCCAUGAGCCCAGAGGCCCCGACAUACACCACCACCUCUGUCAACACCGCCUCUCCAUGCCAGGGCAGAAGCACCACCACCCCCCGGCCGGGAGAUGGGCAGGAGACGGGCAGACGCAAGCAGAAGACGUGCCAGUGCUGCUCUGUCAUGUGAUCCCAGCCCCGCCUGCCGCUGGGAUGGGGCAUCGAGAGCCCCAGCCGGAGACCGGCCGAUCAGAGGGGCCUUGCUCCAGUACCUGGGGGCCCCUGCGGCCGCAGCUCAGCCCCUUGGUGUUUUAAUUACCCCGGGGAGGCUGUUCAUUUGUUCUGCCUGAUGUUUUCCUACGGGGGGGUGCCUGGAGUAGGCAGUUAGUUUGGGGGGCACCUGUCUCCUGCUGGCAGGACAUGGCUGCUGGGUGCAGUGCUAAUUUCAUGUCUGGUUGGUUCUGUCCCCAGCCCCGCCAUGGAGGGGUCCUUUUCCUUCCAUCCCUGCCACGUCUGCCCCUUUUGGAGCUCUGAGUGCUGAGCAAAGUGGGAGGUCUCCUAUUCCUGGGUGUUCAGGGCCCCAGCUCACACUUCUGCACACGCCUGUAUACACGCAUGCUUCCCCCCCGCAUGAAUGCACAUGCCCCUGCCUGAAUACAGACCUCUGCGUAGAAACGUGUACACGCGCCCAGUCUCCUGCACACCCCUGAAUACGCAGGCAAGCUCCUAGUUACAAAUGCAGCUCUAGUAUGACAUGCUCACGUGCACCCCCCAGUACAGAAGUACACACAGACACAAUGCGUACUCCUCUGCAUACAGACACUGCACACGCAUCAUGGCCCAGACAGGUGCACUCACACUCUUGCACUCACACACGGGCCCGACACAAUCGCACACUGGCAAGCGCCUCGCCAGAUGCCUGCACACACCCAGACGUGUACACAUGAGCACGUGAGCUCAGCCUCCAGCUGAGCGGGGCAUUGCCCGGCUGCCUGCUCCCCAACAUGUCUUGGCCGAGAGACCUUUCCCAGAGUCGUCGCCACGCCAGGAGUGGGGCCUCAGAAACCACUUUGUCCCCCAAUCCUCAGCCCAGCUUUCCAGCGCCUGCAUCCUCCCUUUCCCAGCUCUGGCUCGGCCAGCCCUGGAGCUCAGUAAUCGGACAGGCUGGAGCAGCCUGGCCCUGAGUCUCAGAGGUAUUUUGGUGUCCCUGGGGAUCUGGGCCUCAGAUGCCACGGUGAUGGGCAGUAGAACAGCCCCCAAAGCUGGGUUUGUCUCUGCCCUCCCCCACCCCCCCUUUAAACCGCUCUUGUUUGGAACGAGUGUGCGAGAGCUGGGCACACGGGCUAGCCUUGAGCUGCCCAGCAGGGGUCAGU